UACACGCUUUUAUUUUAUAAGAUCUGCGUCGUGCUUCAAAUUAUUUCUUGGAAAUUUUCAAGUGACUCUGUUUUAUAAUUUGGUGUCUAACGCAUUUACCAAAAGACUGUUUCGCAAAGCUUAAUAAUUUCGUCAACAUCUAAUGAAUUAUUACAAACAUAUUUUACAUUGCACAAUAAUUGGGUAACAAAGUUAAAUUAAAACAAUGCAUUUGUUUAAUUAAUGCGUUUACUUCAGUUCGGAUUUUCUAUCUAAAUUUCCGAGCUAGUUGCAAAUCAGUUCAUCAGAUACAUGCACACUAUAUCCAUAAGUCUUUUAUAGGCAAUACUUGUAUAAAUUUAAAAGCAGAAAUAAUAUAAUGCCUUUAAACAAUAAUAGUAAUAUGAAUGAAUCCGAUGAAGAGCAUGACCUUACAAGCUUAUCUUGGUUAAUGGAGUUACGAAAUCAAAAUUUUAGCUGGACAAAUGACAUGCAACAGGUUAAUUUGAACGCCGAUGAAAUGAAUAAUCGACACAACAUAAAAUGGUCUCACGAAGCAAGUGGAGGACAAAAAGAUGCGUAUGAUAAAACAAGUCUGUUUAAGAAUAAAGACAAUUCCAACGACAAAAUCAAUUAUGUUUUCAAUAGUGAUUAUAUUCUGCCAGCAAUCAGUAAUGGAAUACUGCUUAAUGAAUUUGAUAAACAACAAAAAGAACCAAGUUCAAGCAGCGAUAUUGAUAAAAAUAUAACUAAACGAAAUUGCAUUGGUAAAUCCCUUGAAAAAACAUGUAGAAAAUCGUUUAAAGGAAUGUACUUUCAACAGCAGCAAUUGAAAGUGCAAAUAAAACGAGCUACCCCAAUCGAGCGCUAUGAAAUAUUUCUGGAAAAAGUUAAAAGAGUACUUGUAGAAUAUCAGAAAUCAGCAAUUAACUAUCAAACGGACACAACAGAGAAGCCGCCAUUUAAUUACUCCCAUAUAAUCGGUAUGGCAAUGUUGGAAAAUGGACGAGUGACGUUGCAACAAAUAUGUUCUUGGAUAGAAACAAAAUUUGCUUAUUUUCGGGUUAGAAAAAAAUGGAACAAUUCCAUAAGGCAUAAUUUAUCGCUACAUCAAUGUUUUCGUAAAAUAGACCGUAAAAAAUUUGAAAAAGGUAAAGGUGGUUAUUGGGAACUGGGUGUUGAUCCUCGUAAAUGUGACAGGAAGCGCAUAAGGAACAGAAAAAGUUCACAGCAUAAAAUUAGACAAAUGCAGCAUCAGCAUCAACAUCAACCGCAGAAAUUGCAAAAACAUCCGUUAAGCAAAAAUAAAAAUAAAAAAAUUACACAGGAAACAAAGACUAUGGUUGUGCUUAAUCGACAAAGCCCGAUAAACAUAUCAUAUAAAGAAUUACAAAAACUAAAAACUGGAAGCUAUUAUAGUGAUUGUGGUCAACAACAAGUUAACGAAAUGCACACAGUUUGUCCAGCCAAUUCUACCAGUGCCAGUAGUCAUUUGUUGCUUGACGAGCUCGACAUUCAACAAAACAUCGAUGUUGUCAGCUGUUGCCAACAGUCGCAACAGGAGCAUAAAAUAUUUAUUACAAGUAUGGCGGAAGAAAUCCCGGCAGCAAUUAAUAGUGUACCUAAUGAUAACAGCCCGAAAACUAUUGAAUUACUACAGAAUAGUAAGCUACAACAAUAUCAGCUCGGUACAAUUAUAAUUAGUGCACCCACCACAAAAUACGGUAGCAUUUCCGACUUCGCUGCUUCAACGGGAUCUAUUAACUGUUUUAUUAAUGGCGACUAUAUUGACGACAAAACACAUAAACUACAGCACAGUUUCAACUGCAUAAAAGGCGACGAUAUACAAACCACAUGCGAGAAUGUAAACUCAUAUGCGGAUAAAGAUGUAUUAUCUGAAAAAUCUAUAAAACUCAAGUAUAAUUGUGAAUGGAAUGCAGACAAUCCUCAUACCAAUACAAUAACUACAUUUACACCAUUUAUUCCAUAUUCUACAACUACGAGCAAAUAUGUUCCAUCAGUCUUUAUUAACAGCGUCGAGCAAGAAAAUAACGUUUUAAUUUCCCACUCAAUAAUGCCAAACGUUGUCGUUGAGCAACUGUUGCAGCCCUCUGGAUUACAAUACACACUUACUCCCUCUAUGGCUACAAGAGAAGCGACUAUAGUGACGCCACAAGUUACUACUAAUGAGAUGAACAAUAUAAACUCAGAGCAAAAUAAUCAACAAUUACCGGCGAUUGACAGUAUACGUCCAUAUAUUGACGGCGUAGAAGAAGCAUUUCAAUACCUACGCAGCAUGGAUAACAACCGUGAAGAUCUAUUAGAUAAUUUCUUAGAUAUCUCUGUGAGUGACUACUAAACUCAAUUACUCGAUUACAUAUAAAUAUUAUACUUGGCUCCAAAAUAAUAAAAUCACAAAUAAAUAUCUGAUAUAAUAUU